GGCCUUGAAGCCAUCACAUACGACCCAACCCGUACUCUGAUCAAAUUAGCUCGCGGAGAAUUGUAUUGACAUCAGGCGGGCGAAGCGGAACGACGUUGGACUGGAGAUCGAGGGGGGCGAAGGGUGCGAGGGAGAGACGAGGAGAGAGUGAGAUUCGAACGGUAAGGAGUAAUGGCUUUAGAGAACGCUUCGCCGCCUCUAGACGAGAAGGCCAAGAGGACACGGGAUCUCCUCGCGAGCUUCUACUCCACCAAUACCUCCGGCGGCGGCGGUUCAAGCAGCAGCUCCGGGCGGUUGGCGCCCGCUGAUUCCAUAAACUCGCCCAACUUCGACUCGGACCUCUACAUGUCUAUCCUUGUUCAAAAGCUAAAGUUGGACGGGCUUCUUCAGAAACAUGUUGAAAUGGCGGCUGAGAUUAAAAAUCUCGAUACUGACUUGCAAAUGUUGGUUUAUGAAAACUAUAACAAGUUUAUUAGUGCAACAGAUACCAUAAAGAGGAUGAAAAGUAAUAUUGUUGGAAUGGAGGCAAACAUGGAACAUCUUCUCAAUAAGAUUAUGUCUGUCCAAUCUAAGAGUGAUGUUGUGAACACGUCUUUAUUUGAAAAAAGGGAGCACAUAGAGAAACUACAUCGAACUCGCAAUCUUCUUCAAAAAGUUCAAUUCAUAUAUGAUCUUCCAGCUCGACUUGGAAGGUGCAUAAAAGCUGAAGCUUAUGCAGAUGCUGUGCGCUUUUUUACUGGUGCCAAGCCAGUUUUCGAGGCAUAUGGUGAUUCAUCGUUUCAGGAAUGCAAGAAAGCUUCUGAAGAGGCAAUGGACAUAGUUAUUCACAAUCUUCAGGAAAAACUUUCUUCCGAGUCGGAACCCAUCGAAGCAAGGGCUGAAGCAGUUGUUCUUCUUAAACAACUGAAUUUUCCUGUUGACAAUCUGAAGUCUAAGUUACUUGAAAAGUUUGAGGACUGUCUCUUAAAGUUCCACAAUCAAUCUGAAGAAGUCGAAAUCUCAGAAUCAGAUGGGCUACCCAAGGCUUCAAUCGGCGAGUUUUCCAAAACUGUUCAUGCUUAUCUUAUAAUAUUUCCGGAUUCAGAAGCUCGGCUGAUCAAACUUGCUCAGGACUUCUUUGCAAAGCGUUACGGAAUUGUUCAGCAGCACAUAAAUAGAAGAACGUCUGCAGCAAAUUUGCUAAUAAUGCUUUGGGAUAUAUGGAAUGAUGUAAGUGUCAUGGAUGAAGUGCUUUCUGAAGCUGCCCUUCCAGUUUAUUGUCUCGAGGCAGCAAGCAGUAUUUGCAGACAAUAUAUCAACACUCUAUUCUCUCAUCUUUUAAAUGAAAUCUCAGACCUCAUCAGAAUUCAGCCUAGGUUAAAGGAAGGAUCCAAAGAAUCUCCGUUGCAGAUUGCGUUGGAAAACAUCAAGAAAGCAGUUUUUCAGGGUAGCAUGGACCUCCUAGUGGAAUUUCGUCAACUUCUUGAUGAUAAUUUUGAGCUCUUGGUAAAGUUGAGGGACUUGCUUAGAGACUGCGUUCAAGAAGGAUUCCAAGACUUCUAUCACAAACUUCACCAACAUUUUCUGCUGCUUUGUGGCAGUGGUAGUUUGUUCACGAAGGGCUCGAGCAAUGAUUCAGUACAGGCAGAGAGAGUGCAAACAGGUCUUGUUCUGGUGCUUGCCCAGGUUUCAGUUUAUAUAGAACAAGCUGCAAUUCCAAGAAUAACAGAAGAAAUUGCUGCUUAUUUCUCUGGAGGUGGUGUACGAGCUUAUGAACGAGGACCGGCAUUUGUGCCAGGAGAAAUUUGUCGAUUAUUUCGUUCGGCUGCUGAAAAGUUCUUGCAUCGUUAUAUAAACAUGAGAUCUCAAAACCUAUCCACCAUACUCAAAAAGAGAUUCACAACUCCCAAUUGGAUUAAGCACAAGGAACCACGAGAGGUUAAUAUGUUUGUGGAUCUUCUUCUUCAAGAGUUGGAUGGUGUUGUUGCUGAGGUGAGACAGGUCUUACAACGUAGUCUUACAAGAAGACAUCGCCGUUCUGACAGCAAUGGAAGCACAAAUUCUUCUCGUAGUAACCCUUUGCGUGAGGAUAAAUUUAGUCGAUCAAAUACUCAACGUGCUAAAAGUCAGUUUUUGGAGAGCCAUCUUGCAAAAUUAUUUGAGCAAAAAAUGGAAAUAUUCACUAAAGUUGAAUACACUCAGGAAUCAGUUGUAUCAACUAUUGUCAAACUAUGUCUCAAAAGCUUACAAGAAUUUGUGCGUCUCCAAACAUUAAAUCGAAGUGGAUACCAACAAAUCCAAUUGGAUAUUGAAUUUCUGAAGAAUCUUCUGAAAGAAUAUGUUGAUGAUGAAGCAAUCAUUGAUUUCCUACUCAAAGAGGUUAUCAAUGCAGCUCAUGAGCGGUGUCUGGAUCCAAUCCCGCUGGAGCCUCCCAUAUUAGAUAAACUGAUAAAUGCUAAGAUAAGCAAGAUCAGGGAUCAAAAAAUAAAUGCCUAGGGUUUCCAUACAUUAACUGCAACCAUUUCUAAUAUUUUUUUCUUAAAGGUUCAUUAUUUUUUCUUCCAUGAAGUUUUUAUGUUUUGUUGCUUGUGAACUGCAGUGAUUGUCUACUGUGAAGAGUUGGGUGAUGAGCGUCAUUUAUUUGAACAGUAAGUACAGCGCUGUGGUUUAGUUUUUGGCACAGCAUUAAGAAUUUCGUGUGAAGUAGUUUCUCAAAUUUGUGAUGUGGAACUUUACAUGAUUUAUUUAAAUAAUGAGAAAUUUAUGAAAAAUUUUUCAAUUUUCUUAUAAAUUAGCGAAGUUAUUAUAGGCCACUUUCCUGCU